AUGAUGCUCGCCCAUGACCGCCUGGCCUCCAGGGGCGAUUCAUCUUCCAUAUUUUUCCGCACUCUGUGUGCCGGAUUCAAACCACCACUUCAACAGACCCUACCCAUUGAACCCCCGUCCAUUUGUGAAGAAUUACCAGUGGAAUGGUCAAGACCAGAGCCUGCAACUUCCUCGGCCCCUCGUCGAAUGAAAUCACUUCCCAAGAACAUCCCCCGAGAGGUGCUCACAAAGCAAAUAUAUCAUCCGACGAAGAAAUGGGAGUGGACAUCGGGACUUGCCUUCAAAGACACUGAGCCUCGCGUCCCCCUUUCUUCUGGGACAAUGUGUUCUGCCUUCAUCCGAACUGGUUUAAUCGGCGAUCGCCCUCUCCAAUACGUAUCUAAACUUUGGCUCACCAAUGCCAAAUGGCAGGGAUUCUUUUCUGAGCUUGCCCUCUACAAAGUCCAGCUCAAGUCCCUCCAAGGCCGCAUAGUACCGUCUAUCAUCAACGUCUAUGCCACUGUGGGCGCGAUUGAUGUUGCAAUGGAGCCCCCACAUCAUUCGUUCUGGGUUGAGGCCUCGGCAGAUAUGCCCAAUGUUCUCAAGAAGCGAUGCAUUCGUGCCUACGAACAACUUCACACUGCUGGGGUCCUCCACGGAGAUGUAGAGCUCCGCCACAUGCUCAUCGGAGGUGAUGCUCGUGUUACCAUCAUCGACUUUCAAGAAAGCAGGGCGCUCAUUCCGAAUCCUGCGGUCAAGCUUGGCGCCGCCACACCCGCCCAGAUGCAGCUGGAAAUGCGGAAAGUCAAGUAUCGGCUUGACUACCAAGGAGCACGUGAUCUUGAGGACCAGAAAGUUAUGCGUAGCAAACGUCUCGCGCGUCGAAAUGCGACUGGCAGCCGCGAGCCCCCCUCGCAAGAUGACAUUCUCAAUCCACCGGUUAGCAUAAGGGACUGGGAAGGAGAGUGGCAUGCACCUCGACCGGACCCACAAAGAUUCGUCAUGCCAGGUCAGAGCACUGAAGAUUUGGAAAAAGCUGUCGAACGUUUCCUUGAUAUCCUCGAGAAGUUGGAAGAGGAGGGCGAUCCAGAAGAUAAAGAAUCGUUGCCUCCAAUACGCAAGAAGUCCCCCGAAUUCAAACUUCCUGCCCUUCCUAUCAAAACUUCGAAGCAAACGCCGCCUGCACCACCUAGACCACCGAAGCGAAAGGCUGAACAUAACCCUGACAAUCAACACAAACGUGCAAAGAGCAGUUACAAUUCCCAGCCACGUAAUCCUCCUCCUCCUGGACCUCCCCCACCGAUCCGAGCUCGCGAUUUUGCGUCGCACCCUUCAUGGAAACCAAAACCAGCUCUGCACCCUUCCCCACCCACAAAGCGAAAGCGGGAUCCAGAUCUGGAUCUUGGUUUGGAAGAGGAAGAAGACCAACGGCCAUCCAAACGUGUUUCGACAGAAAUUGACCCAAGCCUCUGUCCCCAUUCGACGUCCACAUUGUCUGUUGCCAGAAUUCCACCGAAAGCGGCAUCCUGGAAGGACGAUUCGUCUCGAAUAUCGGUUCCUAGUAUAUUCAAGUGGAUCGAGAACAUGUGGCGUGUCGUAUCUUAA